CUCGGGGCCCCGCGGCCAAGCCGGCUGGCGGCCGGGCUGCUGCCGCCCACGGCCCGGGGGCUCUUCUGCUCCCCGGACCCCGUGGCCGCCUCCUCCCCGGUCACCACCCUGGCGCGAACCAUGAGCGACCUCGCCGGCCUGGGGAGUGAGACCCCCAAGAGAAAAAAGCCAAGCCUGGUCUUCCGGAGCAGAAUUGUCUCACUGUCCCGGGAAUCCUUGUCUUCCGAGAACUCGGAUUCAUCGGAAUUCUCAGAUGCGGGUCUCUCCAUGGAUUCCCCCAGCCCCGUGGACCCCCAGGCAAUGGACCACGUGUUUCAGGAGGCGAUCCGGGAGGCCGGCCAGGUCCGAGAAGACAGACUCCCCAUCAGACGCUUCCAGUCCUUGCCUGAGAAAUUCCUGGGAUCCAGCCCUGCCCUGAGGAACAUCACCAACUCCAGAGACCUGGACGCGCCCCGGAAGGGCAAGGGGGACGUGCAGCUGGACACGAGCAGCCAGGGAGACAAGGAGAAUGAAGCGUUCGUCUUCAAGAUGCCCUCCCGACCGGCGGGCCACAGCCGCUCCGCCGCCGCCGAGUGGGCCAGCCGGAGGGAGGCCUUCGCCCAGAGGCCAAACUCGGCCCCUGAUCUGAUGUGUUUCUCUCCGGGAGAGAGGGAAGAGAACUUGGGUCCCCUGCCCUUGCGCCGCUUUUCCAUGAACCAGAGCUCCGCCAGUGGAGAUGACGCCAGUGAUGAUGGAGAUGACGGGUUUAUGGACAUCCUGGAAGAUGACCUGAAGAACGAGGAAGAAGUCCCCCCAGGGAUGGAAAGCCUCAUCAGCGCGCCCUUGGUCAGGAAGGAAGAGGAAAGUGAACAGUCCUUAGUCAUGCACAGCAAGUGCCGCCGGCUGUUCCGCUCCCCCUCCAUGCCCAGCACGUCCAUCCGGCCGGUCCUCAAGCGGCUGGAGCGUCCCCGGGACAAGGACACGCCGGUCAAGAACAAGCGCAGGAAGAGCGUGACGAUCCCCGCCGCCGCCCUGGAGGAGAAGGAAGAGGAGCCGAAACCGCGACUGCUCCGCUCCAGGUCGUUAUGUCAUGACGAAAUUGAGACCAUCUUGGACAAUGAUCCCAGAGAGCUGAUCGGGGAUUACUCUAAGGCCUUUCUCCUGCAGACCAUCGACGGACGCCAUCAGGACCUUAAGUACAUCUCCCCAGAGACGAUGGUGGCCGUCCUAACAGGGAAGUUUAGCAAUAUUGUCGAGAAGUGCGUCAUCCUGGAUUGCAGAUAUCCCUAUGAAUUUGAGGGGGGUCACAUCAAGGGUGCGGUGAACCUUCCCUUGGAACAAGAUGCUGAGAAUUUUCUGCUGGUGAACCCCAUCCUCCCCAGUGAAGACAAGAGAAUUAUUCUCAUUUUCCACUGUGAAUUCUCCUCUGAGCGAGGACCUCGGAUGUGCCGCUUUAUCAGGGAGCGAGACCGAGCCUCCAAUGACUACCCAAACCUGUACUACCCCGAGAUGUACAUCCUCAAAGGGGGCUACAAGGAUUUCUUCCCCCAGUUCACGAUGUUCUGCGAGCCCCAGGAUUACCGGCCCAUGAACCACGAGGACUUCAAGGAGGACUUUAAGAGGUUCCGCCUGAAGAGCCGGACCUGGUCGGGAGAGCGGAGCAAGCGGGAGAUGUACAGCCGCCUGAAGGACUUCUGAGGGGCCGGGAGCAGACUUGACCACUUCCCCCACCCGUUCCCCUCGUGUCUCCUUGCCCCUUCCUCCUUCCCGGGCUGGAACACCGGCCACACUUGACUGUCCCCCCGCUCUCUGUGUAGGGGGCCGGGUUCCUGGAUGUGGCCUGGGGAAAAGCCCCGUCUCUCCCUUCUUACCCGUUUAUUUAAUUAUUUGCUGGACUUGAACUGAGGGCUCCAACCAAGGCUGUGCCCCCUCGGGGGUGGGGGGCAGCUGCCCAGCGUGCCAGUCCCAGGGGCUUCCGGUGCCCGCUGGACUCUGCGUCUGGACCGUGGGCGCUGGGCCGUCCCCAGGUGCUCGGCUGGCUCCCUCCCGGGGAGAGGCUUUCUGACACAGCCCCGCAGGGUUCCCUCCCCUCCGGGCAGCCCCCUGCUCCCCCCGGGGUUCUAUGUGUUGUCUGGUUUUUGUGUUUUCCUUUCCAGCCUCGGCCUGAUUGUUGUUAUUUGGGGUUGGGAGGCCAGAGGAAGCUGGUUUUUAAUCAGCUUAGGCCCAGGGUGGGGGGCGGGGAGAGAAAAAGGGAUCCAGCUCCAAGGACAUUUAGGGCUGACGCUUCUCCCUCCCCUUCCCCCAGUAAGUUUAUUUUCUUGGAUUUGGAGUUUGGGCUGUCCUGAAUCCAAAAACAUGUUGGUUCUGCACGUUCGGUGGGUGGGAACCACCCAGGCCUGGGAAGCGGGAACCCCAUCCUUCCUGGCCCGGGAGGAAGGCCUCCAUGUGAAGAGAACUCGGGAGUUCUCCCCCCCAAAGCCUUCGCGAUAUUUCAUUUAUUUUCUGAAAACAUUCUCUGAGGGGCGUUACGCUGCCCUGGACCCCCACUUGCCGCCCCAGCCACCCCUGAGCCAUUGCUGCUGUUUGAAGUUUUCCAUCCCAGGGAAGGCCAAAUGGACACGGGUCCGGGGUACCUUCCCCCACUGUGCCCAGAAGGGGCACCCUGUACACUCCUGUCUUUAAAAAAUAUUUUUUAAGGUAUAAAAGGGGUGGGAAAUGUCUUUUUUUUUGUUUGUUUAAAAAGCACUUCAUAAACUUGCACAGUAUCAAGUUUUUUUCUUUUGCCAACCAUUUGGUGGUAGCCUGCAGGACCUGCCACUGGGGAGGGAUUGGGGGCAGGGUCUUCGCCCCCUGGGCUGCCAUUCUGGGCCAGGUGGAGGUGAAGUCUGCCCUCUGCCUGAGGGGAUCUGGGGGGUUAAACAGGCCCCCAGGAUAACUGGUGGAGAGCGAGAGCUAGGCCCGAUGGGAAAGGGUUAGAGUGAUGUCCAGUGCUACUGUGAACUCCCCCCUGGGCUUUGUGUGACCCUCUCCCUCGUCCUGAGCUGAGGGGGGGGGGCUGAGCUGCUUGUAGUGGGAGCAGAUGCCUUCCUGGGAUGGAGCGACCCCUCUGGGGGUGUCUGUGUUGCCCCCCUCUCCUGAAAAGCACUUAAGCUGCACCUGUCCCGGGGGUCCUGCCCAGGGCGAGCUUAUGUGUAAGUGCAUGUUUGGUGAUCUCACCGUGAGUGGGAGGUGGAUCUCCAUUUUAUUUUAAAAUGAGGGGGGCUGGGAAGCCACUUCCUGCCUUGAAGACGGGUCCGUAGAAGGCUUCUCCCGCCCAGUGUCGGGGAAGGGCUCAGCCGGAUGGCCUCCCACCUUCCCCUUGUGAACCUCCUUUUGUUCAAUAAAGCCCUGGAAGUCAGUCA